AUGGGUUCUCUUGCCUCGGACUUUCUCGCACCUGCGGUGUUCGUCGAGCAGGUGGCCGCCGAGACCCCUGAUAAAGUUUGGGCCAAGUAUCCCGAGGUCAUCGGGAAGAGUGAUUCGAUUCGCCCGGAGAUCGCCUGGCGAGACAUCACAUGGUCGCAGCUUUCCCGGGCGGUCGAGUUCACAGCGCGAUGGCUGGAACAGGAACUCGGCCCGGGCAACGGGGAGGAGCCCGUGGCGUAUACCGCGGUCAACGACUUUCGGUAUCCCGUCGUAGUCAUGGCGGCGUUGAAGGCGGGGUAUAAGAGCUUCCUGAUCUCCCCAAGGAACUCCCUCGAGGGCAAUUUGUCCCUGCUCAACGCCACACAAUGCGUCAAGUUCGUCCACAGCGCCGAGUUCCAGGGUAUGGUCAAUGGACUCGCCCAAGCGACACCCAACCUCCAAACCGCGCAGAUCCCAGAAGUGGCCGACAUCUUUUCAGCGGCCGAAGGCACCACAGACCAAGGCCGCGGGUCCAAGUACCUUAAAGACCAAGAAACAUUCGUCAUCCUCCACUCCAGCGGCUCAACAGGCCUUCCUAAGCCCAUCUACCUCAAAGGAGGCAUCUUUCGCGUCGGCGCCGAGAGCCUGUCGAUGCCGGCCCCCGAAGGCCGCACCAACGUGCACAUCUCCAUCAUCCGAAGCGAGCUCCUCCUCUGCACCCUGCCCUUCUUCCACGUGUAUGGCAUCAUGAUGCUGUUCAACCGCUCCCUCUACAACCAAGGCCCGCUCACCAUCUUGCCCUCUGGCCGCCCACCUACAGCAGACCUCAUCCUGCACGCCCUCGAGCAGGUCCAGCCCCGUUCGGCUGUGUUCCCCCCGUCCAUACUAGAGGACAUCAUCAACAUUCCCGGCGGGCUGGAGAAGUUGGGCAAGCUGGAUGCGGUGUACUACGGUGGUGCGCCCUUGGCGAAAGCGAUCGGAGACAAGAUCACGCGGGUGACCCAGCUGGUGAAUACCAUCGGCAGCACCGAGACGUUUAACUUCCCCAACUUGAACCCGGUCGACCCGGCGGAUUGGGAGUAUUUUGAGUGGAAUCCCCAAGUGGGCAUCGAGAUGGAGCCCACGGGCGAGGAGGGCGUCGCGGAGUUGGUUAUCAAGCGCCAACCAGGGAAUCCCUUCCAGAGUGUCUUCCACAACUUUCCGGAUGUCGACGAGUACCGCCCGCAUGAUCUCUAUCAACAACACCCCACCAAGCCAGCCCUGUGGAAGUACAUCGGCCGGGCAGACGACAUCAUCGUCCUGCGAAAUGGCGAAAAGACCAAUCCCGUGUCGUUCGAGAAGGCCGUCGAGGGCCAUCCGUGGGUCAAGGGCGCGAUCGUCGUCGGUACCGCACAGCUCCAGGCCGGGUUGAUCCUCGAACCGCAGCCGGAACAGGCCCAUCUGACGCUGGAGGCGUUCUUAAAGGAGGUGUGGCCCGCGGUGGAGGCGGCCAACGCAGAGUCACCUGCACAUGCCCAAGUCUGGCGGACGAUGGUGGCGCUGGCUUCGCCCGAGAAACCGUUUGAGCGCGCGCCCAAGGGAUCCAUCAUCCGCAAGGCGACAAAUACGUUGUACGAGGACGAGAUCAAGGUGUUGUAUGAGGGCCCUGCGGAGACAGGCGGUAGCCAGGGCAAGACCGGGUUGCUGAAUAACAACCAGCUACGCACCGUCAUCCAACAGGCCGUGCAGUCGGUGAUGGCCGGUCGGGCGAGCGAGCUGACAGACGACGCCAACCUCUUCAAGCUUGGCGCGGACUCGUUGCAGGUCAUGCAGAUUCGCCAGGCCCUCAGUGCGGCCGGGAUCAACUGCCUGACGCGUGCGGUUUACGAGAACCCCAGCAUCAACAUGCUUGUCCGGGCGCUCGGGAAUGGCGCCGACAAUGUCGCUCCCACCAUCACCAUCUCCCGGGAAGAGAAGAUGUCAGCCAUGAUCCACAAGUACACCAAGUUUGCGCCUCGGGCAACAGAGAGCGUCAAGCCCGAUUCCACCUUCGCCGUCCUGCUGGUCGGUUCUACAGGGGCCCUCGGCACGCACCUCCUCUACGAACUGCUCCAAAACCCGGCCGUCGAGCGCGUCUACUGCCUCAACCGCUCCGACAACGCGGCCGAACGGCAAGUCCAAGCCUUUUCCGACCGCGGCCUAGGCAUCCCCGACGUGGCCUCUCACCCCAAGGUGCGCUUCCUCACCGGCGAGACGCGGCAUGAGAACUUCGGCCUCAGCCCAACCGAGUACGCCGACAUGCAAAGUGACGUCAACACCAUCCUUCUCAACGCCUGGCCCGUCAACUUCAACAGCACCCUCGACAGCUUCGAGGAUGUAAUCGUGGGAGUCAAGCGCUGCGUGGACUUUGCCGCCGGCUCGGCGCGCCAAGCCCAUAUCGGGUUCGUGUCGUCGGUUGCCAGCGUGCUCAACUUCCCCGCGGUGCGCAGUCGGGAGGGCGACGAGGUGCUCGUCGUGCCGGAGGAGUUUGAGGCCGAUAACAGCCUGCCGGCACGGCAAGGGUAUGGCGAGUCGAAGCAUGUGGCUAGCUCAAUCCUAGCUAAGGCGGUCAAGGAGGGGCUCGUUGGCGGGACUGUGCUGCGGGUUGGCCAGCUCGCGGGGACGGCUGAGGCGAAGGGGGUUUGGAAUCGACAUGAAUGGCUGCCCUCGCUCAUCAAGACGUCAAAGUCUCUAGGCAAGAUCCCACGAUCGCUAGGACCUUCCAACGACAACAUCAUCUGGGUGCCCGUCGACACCGCAGCAAAGGUGAUCACCGAGUUCUUGCCCAUCGGGACCCAAAAGGAGGUGGAUUCCACCCCGGCAUCGCUCAACUGCUUCAAUGUUAUGAACCCGCAGGUCACACAGUGGGCCGACCUGGCGAAAACCGUGCAAGAUUUCUACGCAGAGCAAGGUAACGAGCUCAUCAGUGUCGAGUUUGAAGAGUGGUUGAGCGAUCUGCGGAGCAUCGAUGCGGCACAGACACCAGAGCAAGUCGCAAAGUUCCCGGGUGUCAAGAUUCUCGACUUUUACGAGGGCCUCAGGUUGGAAGCGGAUAUUGAAGGGCCGGAGCUGGCAUUCGCGACGAAGAAGGGGAGCGCACGGAGUAGCGCCAUGGCUGGAUUGCGGUCUCUUGAAGGGGACUUGAUGCGGAAAUGGUUGGUGGAGUGGGAUUUUUGA